AUGUUUACUCCAGAUGUAUCUUUGACCAAUGCACGCCUUGUUGGCGAUGGCUCACCGGUCACAAAAAAUGAGCCGGCACUGGCAUUUGCAUCUACCUCUACCUCCACCAUGAAUUCUGUGCCCACCAUGGGGGAAUCUGGUCCACCCAUUCAUCUGGUUGGUGCAUUUCCGGUACCACCUCCCACUGUCCCAAUGGCAUCUAUGCCUUCUACUACCACCCUUCACAUGCUGGUCACUGGGCCAUCAAAUGUGCCGGCUGAUGGGUCGGUCGUUGUAAGGCCAGUCCAAUACCAUGGUGGAUUGUAUGAGAUCUUACUGGAUAAUACACCUACCUUCCGGAUGAUAUACCCACAGGAUGAUUUACAUACCAGAUAUUUUUUCAACUGGUGUAUAUACCUACCGACCAGAUUAUGUGCCUUCCAGAUUAUAUACCCACUGUAUUAUAUGACCGGAUUAUAUACCUACCAAGCACAUUCCUACACUACCAUCUAUACUAUAUACCCCUGGCCCAUCCAUUUGGCUUGGGUACACACAUUCACUCGGCUCACUCCUAUAUCACGGUACAAUUAUUACCAUGGGCCCAUGUGGGAUGGCCCGUCCCCAUUGAACUGCCUGCGGAAGGUUUGGACAAGUGUGCCUGGCCUUCGUAAAGUCAAGGGAGGUCGGGGAAUGGUAUGGAAUGGUUUCUUUGCCGUCGAGGUUGCUGCUUGGUGCCACAAUUGGAGGAUCUUUGAUAUCGAGUUUGUGCUGGGGCAGUUUGAUGACCUGAACGGCCUUGAGUUCCAUCUCUGGGAAGGGUGCGAUUGA